AUGGCGGGGAUGGCGGAGGCCGUGGCGAAGGAGCGGGCGGCGGCGGCGGGCGCGGGGCGGCACGGCCAUGCCGUGCCCUACCUGGGGCAGCACUUCGGGGCGCUGCGCCGGGAGUGCCUGGAGGAGGGGCGGCUCUUCCAGGACCCCUCCUUCCCCGCCGGCCCCGCCGCCCUCGGCUACCGAGAGCUGGGACCCCGCUCCGCCAAGACGCAGGGCGUCGUCUGGCGCAGACCCACGGAGCUGUGUUCCAGCCCCCAGUUCAUAGCAGGUGGAGCCACUCGCACUGACAUCUGCCAAGGGGCCUUAGGGGACUGUUGGCUCUUGGCUGCCAUUGCUUCUCUCACCCUAAAUGAAGAAAUUUUGGCCCGUGUUGUUCCCAAAGACCAAAGCUUCCAGGAUAAAUAUGCGGGAAUUUUCCAUUUCCAGUUCUGGCAGUACGGGGAGUGGGUGGAUGUGGUGGUGGACGACAGACUGCCCACCAAGAACGGGGAGCUGCUCUUCGUGCACUCGGCGGAGGGCAGCGAGUUCUGGAGCGCGCUGCUGGAGAAGGCCUAUGCCAAGCUGAAUGGAUCGUAUGAGGCUCUUUCUGGUGGCACCACCACCGAAGGUUUCGAGGACUUCACCGGUGGAAUUGCAGAAUGGUAUGAGCUGCGGACGGCACCUCCCAACCUCUUCAAAAUCAUUCAGAAGGCCCUUCAGAAAGGCUCUCUCCUUGGCUGCUCCAUUGAUAUCACCAGUGCGGCAGAGACAGAGGCAGUCACUUCCCAGAAGCUGGUGAAGGGACACGCGUACUCGGUCACGGGGGCAGAGGAGGUGAACUUCCGAGGAACAGUGCAGAAGCUGAUCAGAAUCCGAAAUCCCUGGGGCGAAGUGGAGUGGACUGGGAAAUGGAACGACAACUGCCCAAACUGGAGUGGCGUUGACCCUGAGGUGCGGGAGCGGCUGACCAGGAGACAUGAAGAUGGGGAAUUUUGGAUGGCGUUCAACGACUUCUUGAGGCAUUACUCCCGCCUGGAGAUCUGCAACCUGACUCCAGACACCCUGGCAAGUGACAGGUACAAGAAGUGGAGCCUGCUGAAGCUGGAUGGGAACUGGAGGCGAGGAGCCACUGCAGGGGGUUGCAGGAAUUACCCAAACACUUUCUGGACAAAUCCACAGUAUUUAAUCAAGCUGGAGGAAGAAGAUGAGGAUCCUGAUGAUCCUGAGGGGGGCUGCACUUUCCUCAUUGGGCUGAUUCAGAAGCACCGGCGGAAGCAGAGGAAGAUGGGAGAGGACAUGCACACCAUUGGCUUUGCAAUUUAUGAGGUGCCCCCAGAGUUUUCUGGCCAGACGAAUAUUCAUCUGAGCAAAAACUUUUUCCUGACCAACAAAGCAAGAGAAAAAUCAAACACCUUUAUCAACCUCCGGGAAGUGCUGAACCGGUUCAAGCUCCCUGCAGGAGAAUAUAUCAUUGUGCCCUCCACCUUUGAACCCAACAAGAACGGGGAUUUCUGUCUGCGGGUCUUCUCUGAAAAAAACGCAAACUCCACGGUGAUAGAUGAUGAAAUUGAGGCCAAUUUUGAAGAGACCGAGAUCAGUGAAGAUGACAUCGAACCCAACUUUAAAAGGCUUUUUGGACAGCUAGCAGGAAAUGAUGCAGAGAUCUCAGCCUUUGAACUGCGCAGCAUCUUGAAUAAAAUCAUGGCUAAACGCCAAGAUAUUAAAUCAGAUGGCUUUAGUGUUGAGACAUGCAAAAUAAUGGUUGACCUGUUAGAUAAUGAUGGGAGUGGUAAACUGGGACUGAAGGAGUUCUACACCCUCUGGACAAAGAUUCAGAAAUACCAGAAAAUUUACAGGGAAAUUGAUGUGGAUCGAUCCGGUACCAUGAACUCCUACGAGAUGAGGAGGGCGCUGGAAGCAGCAGGGUUCAAAUUGAACUGCCAGUUACAUCAGAUCAUUGUGGCUCGAUUUGCUGACGAAGACCUCAUCAUUGACUUUGAUAACUUCGUCCGGUGUUUGAUUCGGCUUGAAACCUUGUUCAAAAUGUUUAAAAAACUGGAUACUGAGAAAACUGGAACAAUAGAGUUGAACCUUGUUAAUUGGCUGUGCUUUACUGUCAUUUGAGCCACUGGCAUCAGCUUGAGACCUCAAAAAGAGCAUGACCAGGUGAAGAUAAUCAAGCUAUGUACAAGUAAUAUCCUAACAUGAAUGUGCCUUAACUUACACAUAGCAAAUUUUGCACGCUAUUGCAAGAAGGAAAGCAUUCUACUUCAACAAGAAGAAUUUGGAACCUCAUUUUUAUGGCUCUGACAGUCUUUAGCUACUCUUAUAGACCCUCUGGACAAGGGCCUUAAUUUAAUAUUAAUCCUCAGUGCAACUUCUGAAAAUACUGCUUUGCUAAUAUAUUUGUCUUUAAGGUGUUUUACAGGACUCCUGGAAGAAAGCUCAUUAUAGCUUGACAGUGGUUUAAUAAGUGCUUUUUGAAUAACAGCUCCACUCCAUCCUCCGUAUCUGAAAUUAGAAAAGGGAUAGUAUUGCAUAUCUUAUCUAAACACCUGUAAUCAGAGACAGAGGGUCCCUUGUAUGCCUUCUGUCAAGCCCCAGUGUUAUUCUAGUUAAAUAUUCUUUGAAGAAUUUGAAUAGCAAGUACAGGUUUGACCAAACAGAAAGACAAGUCUUUCCCUCCUCACCACUGAUGUGCCUGAAACAGGAGGCUGUUGGCAACAAGACUCUUCCAAGAGAAAGCCCAUCCUCUCAGGUGGAAUCUUGAGUUCCUGUAUCUUAUUUAUCUUCCUUUGAAAUGCAAGAAAGUAUUUAAAUAAAAAGAGUAUAAAUAAAGUUUGCGAGACUUAUUUCUGCUGCAACUAAACACUUUUUUUUUUCUUAGAUAUAGAUCAUCACAGCAC